CACGCUUUCGUGAAACUUUCCCGUUGUUUUGAACUUCAAAAUCGUGCCUUCUCCUCGCUGGGCUGAUACACAAACCCGCACAGUAUCGAUCACGAACCUAUCCUCGGCCCUCGCUUGGCUCUCACUAGCUGAUACACUCGCACGCUGUCGAUCUCGAACGAAAGUUCAAACGAAAAUCUCGUUACGACCGAAACCCUAUUCCCCUCUUUCACUAGCCAUGAACGUUCUGAACGUGGCGGAGAAGCCCAUGGUGGCGAGGACGGUGGCCACAAUCCUCUCGAGGAACCAGAACAUGCGAAUGAGAGAAGGGCGUUCCCGCUACAACAAGAUCUUUGAGUUCAACUACACCAUUCGCGGCCAGCCCUGCCACAUGAUCUUCACCUCCGUCACCGGCCACCUCAUGGAACUCGAAUUCGACGACCGUUACCGCAAGUGGCACUCCUGUGACCCCGCCGAUCUCUUCCGCGCUCCCGUUCAUAAAUUCGUCCCCGAGGACAAGAAGGAUAUCAAGAGGACGCUGGAGGAGGAAGCCAGGAGGUGCCAGUGGCUUAUUUUAUGGCUCGAUUGUGACGUUGAGGGCGAGAACAUCGCGUAUGAAGUCAUUGACGUGUGCACUGCAGUGAAUCCUCACCUUACCAUAAAGCGUGCUUGGUUUUCUACAUUGAUUGACAGGGAUAUCCAUAAUGCGGCACAAAAUGAUCUUAGAGAUCCGGACAAGAGGGUGGCUGAUGCUGUGGAUGUUAGACAGGAAAUAGACCUUCGUAUAGGUGCUUCUUUCACCAGAUUCCAGACCAUGUUAAUGAAAGAUGCUUUUAUCAUUGACACUGCUACAGAUGACAGAAAUCGUGUCUUAAGUUACGGCCCUUGCCAGUUUCCUACGCUUGGAUUUGUCGUGGAAAGAUUCUGGGAGAUACAAGCUCAUGAGCCAGAAGAGUUUUGGUCAAUCAUUUGCUCUCAUGAAUCAAAGGAAGGCACUGCCGAAUUUAGCUGGAUGCGGGGCCGCUUGUUUGAUUAUACUUGUGCAGUUAUAAUAUAUGAGAUGUGUGUUGAGGAACCAACGGCAACUGUCACAAACAUUAGACAACAGGAGAAGCCGAAAUAUCCUCCAUUUCCUUUAAAUACUAUUGAGCUUCAAAAACGUGCUUCAAGAUACUUCCGGAUGAGUUCUGAUCACACAAUGAAGGUAGCAGAAGAACUUUACCAAGCUGGUUUUAUCAGUUAUCCUCGUACAGAAACUGAUAGCUUUUCUCCAGGGACUGAUUUACAUACAAUUGUGCAAGAACAACAAGGGCAUCCUGAGUGGGGAAUAUAUGCACAACGGUUGAUGGACCCUGAGGCGGGGCUUUGGAGAAACCCUAGAGGUGGUGGACAUGAUGACAAGGCUCAUCCACCCAUUUACCCCACAAAAUUUUCUACUGGAGAAUCUGGAUGGAGCCAAGACCACCGUAAACUGUAUGAGCUUGUUGUUCGCCACUUUUUGGCAUGUGUCUCAAAGCCUGCUUUAGGAGCUGAAACCACUGUUGAAAUUAAUAUUGCUGGUGAAUUAUUUUCUGCAUGCGGGAGAGUGAUUCUAGAGAAAAACUACUUGGAUGUUUAUCGUUAUGAAUCUUGGGGUGGAUCAAUGAUUCCAACAUAUACUAAUGGUCAACAGUUCAAUCCAACCAAAUUAACCCUUGAAUCAGGAGUAACCCGACCACCACCACUUCUUAGUGAAGCUGAUCUACUGAGUUAUAUGGAUAGGGAGGAGGCGAAAAUUGGUACAGAUGCUACAAUGCAAGAUCACAUCAAGAAGAUGCUUGAUCGAUCUUAUGCAACUAAGGAUAGUAGCACUCGUUUCACACCAACUAAUCUUGGUGAGGCACUUGUUUUGGGUUAUGAUGACAUUGACAUGACGUAUAAACUAUGGAAACCAGAUCUUAGAAGUGAAAUGGAAAAAAAGAUGGAUGACGUCAAGAAAGGAGAUAAAAGCAAAGCCGAAGUUUUGGUAACUAUCUUGCAGAAGAUGGAAGCUUGUUUCCUAGAAGCGAGAUUGAAUAAAGUGAAACUUUUAGAAGCCAUGGCAAUAUUUUUUGAAAGAUCUACUAGAUCUAGCAGUGAUGAGCUGCAUGCAACUGGAGAAGUUGUUCGACGAUGUGGACUUUGUCAAGAAUCAGACAUGUUGCUAAGGAAAAAUCGAGAUGGCAAUUUUAUGGUUGGAUGUAUGGGUUACCCUCAGUGUAGGAAUGCUGUUUGGCUUCCUGGAUCAGUAUCUGAAGCAGUUGUGACGACCAAUACUUGCAAUUUUUGUACUCCUGGUCCUGUUUACUUGAUUCAGUUCAAGUUUAGGCGGCUGGAGAUACCACCAAACUACAGUCCCAACCAUUUAGGUUGCAUUGGUGGCUGUGAUGAGAUUCUUGCACAGUUGACAGAAAUAUGUGGCAGGGGCCCUCGCAUGCCAGCAAGACCUCGAGGACCAACUGCACCAACCAGCAAUGCCCAUCAUACUAACCCAAGGCAAGGAGCUUGCAUGAACUGUCGAGAAACAGGACAUUCUUCCACUGAUUGUCCUUUACGUUAUGGGAAUGUUCAACAUCAUGGAACAAGUGAACAUAAUGGGGAAGCUUCUGUUUCAUGCAGUUCGUGUGGAACACCAUGUGUUUUGCGAACUGCAAAUACAGUAAACAACAGGGGAAGGAAGUUCUACUCGUGUCAAUCACAGGAAUGCAACUUCUUUGUAUGGGAGGAUAGCCUCAAUGCUGGCACUGGAGGCAGAAGUGUUACACGCUCAAAUAGUAUUCCAGCCUUGAAUCCUAGGCAAACUGGUGGACGUGGAUCUCGUGGUAGAGGUGGUCAGUAUGGAUCUCGUACUGCUAACACAACAUUUAUGUCAGCCACUGGAGAUCCUAUUUCUGGUAGAAGAUGCUAUACGUGUGGUGAUCCAUCUCACUUUGCUAAUGUCUGCCCCCAUCGUGGUGUCUGAUCUAUUCUCAAUGAUUCAUCUCAACUGUGUAGAAGGAAAACCAGAUCAUGUGCGUAUGGGCUUUUAAUAUUUUGCCCAAAAUACAGACACGUUAUCUUUUUGGCCGCAACCAUGUUGCUGAUUUUUCACAUUACAAGCAAGCAGAGAUUCAAAUGUUCACGACAGUUUUAGAUAUAGAAAAAUUUUCUCGAUAUCUUUUUUUUUUUUUUGCCUUUUAUUUUUCAUGCACGACAUUUUAUGGUAUAGUUUUAAAUGAUUUUUACUUUUGUCGAGUAUUUGAAACUUGAUCGAACGGAUGUUGGGGGAAAUGUUAAUUUCCAUCCAAAUUAAAAUCAUGGAAUGAUUACACAAAUGAGUAAGAAAGGAUUAGGUGAUAUGAUUAACUUCUCGUUUUAGUGGCAUCA